AAGAGGGAUGGCGGAUGCAGAACGAGAGGAUGCUGCGGAAACGGACACACCGAACUCGAGCGACGCAAAGGAGAAAAACGUUAUCAGCUCGAUGUCGGAUGAGAGUGGUACCCUGCUGAGGAGGAUGGAGAUCACUGUGGCCGAGGCGGAGAAGAGGACGGGCAAGAAGGCUGUCAACAUGCAAGAGACAUACACAGUCUAUCUCAUAGAGACCCGGCCCUCGGCUGCGGUGAAUGGGGGCCAGAGUGUUGCUCCAGAUGCCCUCUGGAGGCGCUACAGCGAGUUUGAGCUGCUGAGGAACUACCUGAUCGUCACCUACCCCUACAUCGUGGUGCCACCCCUGCCAGAGAAGAGGGCUGAGUUUGUGUGGCAUAAGCUGUCUGCUGACAACAUGGACCCAGACUUUGUGGAGCGGCGUAGGGUGGGGCUGGAGAACUUCCUGUUACGAGUGGCCUCCCAUCCAGUGAUGUCCAACGACGCCAUCCUCUAUCACUUCCUCACUAAGGAGCGGGGAUGGAAGGAGGUGGUGUAUGAUACUGGAUUCCAGGCCAAGGCUGACUCUCGCAUCAGAGCACUGAACGCAACCUUCAGGGUGAAGAAUCCAGACAAACGUUUUAUGGAGAUGAAGCACUACAGUGAUGAAUUGCAGUCCAUCACCUCUCAACUACUCAGAGCACGCGCUAGAGUUGCUGAUCGAUUAUAUGGAGUUUAUAAAGUACAUGGAAACUAUGGACGAGUUUUCAGUGAGUGGAGUGCAAUAGAAAAGGAGAUGGGAGACGGUCUUCAGAGUGCAGGCCACCACAUGGAUGCCUAUGCAGCCUCAAUAGAUGACAUCCUGGAGGAGGAGGAGCACUAUGCAGACCAAAUCAAAGAGUACCUCUUCUUCGCAGAAGCACUAAGGGCUGUGUGUCGUAAGCAUGAGCUGUCUCAGUACGAGCUGGAGACGGCUUCUCUGGACCUCACAUCUAAGAGACAGCAGCGGGAAGAGCUGGCUACCGGGAUUGUGCGUACGUUCUCCUUCAAGGGCAUGACUACCAAGCUGUUUGGCCAGGAGACGGCGGAGCAGCGGGAGGCGCGACUCAAGAUGCUGGAGGAACAAAUAGUAGAGGGAGACGACACCGUCAAGGAGAAGACCUCCGAAUGCGAAGACAUUGUAUCCAGUGGCUGGGAGGACAUGCAGCGCUUUAAGGAGCAGAAGGAUCGCGACCUGCGGGAGGCGCUCAUCAACUACGCAUACAUGCAGAUCAGCAUGUGCAAGAAGGGAAUCCAGGUGUGGACCAACGCCAAAGAGUGUUUCAGUAAGAUGUGAGGCCAGCCAGCAUACUGCACAUUUAUAGCACAAUAUUUACGGACUGGGAAGGUGUCUGGGAUGCGAUGGACCUGAUAUCAACACUUGCACAGAACAUGGAAUGCCCAUUGUCAUGGAGGCACAAGCUGGACAAUGGAUUUCCAUGGCAACAACAAUAAGCAACACAAGAAGGGAGUUACCAUGACUACUGCACCCCAGCAUGGUGGCUGAACUGUGCGAAGAUUGCGAUCCUUAGGGCCUCCGCACAUCG